AUGUCAGAUCAACCUUCUCCCAAGCGCCAGCGUUCUGAGGAACCUGAGGACCCCUCCACUACACAGCAAGCUGCCGAACAAGAACAAGAAAAUGAUAAUGAUUACACACAAGAAGAGUUGGACAAGGGCUUUGAACUUAUCAAGGCUGUGAUUGCUGGCGAUCUGGAAAAAGCCAAGGCAUUGGAGGCUGACGAUGCUGACAUUUGCUUCAACGGAGACGAGCUUGGACGAACGCCUUUGCACCACGCAGCUGAACAUGGAAAGAAGGAAAUGGUCGAGUGGCUUCUCAGCGAAAGACAUCCAUACAACUUGCUUGAUAAGAAGGACGUUACAGCAGGCGAGCUUGCAUACAACAAUGGACACCAUGACAUUUAUGAAAUGUUGAUUGCCGAAGGAACGCGUGCCGAGUUAUUGAUCCGUGCCUUGAAGAAAGCAUUUCCUGACGACGAUGAGGAGGAUGAUAACAAGGUGCCCAAUCAAGAAUACCUGGAACAAAAGCUGCAUUAUGACGACAACAAGCUUAUGGAUGAGAACAACGAUGCCGUGAUGAUGGGAUGGGAAGCACCUUUGAUGGUCGAACACGCCAAAGUUAUGUGUCCUCGAGAAGGCUUGGAUGUACUCAACGUCGGCUUUGGUUUGGGCUUGAUCGAUGACGAAUUGCAAAAGUACAAACCACGCAACCACUACAUUAUCGAAGCUCAUCCCGAUGUUUACGCUCAUAUGAAGAAGCUUGGAUGGGAUAAGAAGCCUGGCGUCACUAUUCUCUUUGGACGAUGGCAGGACGUGGUACCCACCCUCACUCAGACAUUCGAUGGCAUCUUUUUCGACACUUAUGGAGAGUUUUAUGACGAUUUACGUGCGUUCCAUGAUGCCGUUCCUAAUAUGCUCAACACCGAUGGUAUCUAUACGUGGUUCAAUGGUCUCGGUGCAACCAAUCGAUUCUUCCAUGAUGUGUAUUGCCGUGUGAGCGAGAUCGAUUUGCAUGAAUUCGGCUUGAAUACUGAAUACGUCGAGAUGCCUAUCGGUACAGCUGAUGAAAAAGGUGUUUGGGAUGGCGUGCGUCAAAGAUAUUGGGUUCUCGAUAACUACAAGUUGCCUAUCUGCAAGUUUUCCAAAGAGUAG